AUGGGACCAAUCGGCUUAACAGGUGGAAUAGGACCAAGAGGUCCAAAAGGUAGAAUGGGACAAGUAGGACCAAUAGGACCAGUAGGACAAACAGGUGAGACAGGCCCAGGUCCAAUAGGCCCAAAAGGAGACAAAGGAGAAAUGGGACCACAAGGCCCUAAAGGUGACAAAGGCUCUUUGGGUCUACCAGGUAAAGAUGGCCAUAAUGGUCUAAAUGGAUCAAUAGGGUAUUCAAGGUCCACCAGGACAAAAAGAAUGACAGGUCCACCUGGUAUCAAAGGUAUUAUGGGACCUGUAGGGCAAAAAGGUGUAAUAGGACCAAGAGGUCCAAUAGGUAGUAUGGGACCAGUAGGACAAACAGGAGAUAGAGGCCCAGUUGGUCCGGUAGGGCCAAGAGAUACAAAGGUGACAGGGGUCAAAAAGGUCAAAAG